UGCAGUUCCAUCAGGCAUCAACCGCAUCGCGGCUCACGUAAGCACGUAGACGUUCAGGUAGGCCGCACGGCCCCACCAGCGCGCAUCUAUAGGGUCGUGGCCCUUCGGUGGUUGCUGCGCUUCGCAGGACCUGCCCUUAUAUAUAGAGCACACCACAGGAGGAAGAGACGUAGGGCUCGGAGGAAAGAGAUCGAGAUAUUUGCAGAGAAGCUUGUGCUGCUGCAAGCCUGAAGAGCGUAGUCGAGAUGGCUGCUCUGUGGAUUGCCGCCUGCAGCUUGUUGCUCUGGUCGUCGUUCUCAGGAGUUGAAGGCAUUGGCGUGAACUAUGGCAUGAUCGCCAACAACCUCCCGUCCCCGGACAAGGUCAUCGCCCUGUACAAGGCCAAGAACAUCACCGACGUCCGGCUGUUCCACCCGGACACCACCGUCCUCACCGCGCUCCGCGGCUCGGGCCUCGGCGUCGUACUCGGCACGCUCAACGAGGACCUCGCCCGCCUAGCCUCCGACGCCUCGUUCGCCGCGACCUGGGUCCAGUCCUACGUGCAGCCAUUCGCGGGAGACGUCCGCUUCCGCUACAUCACCGCGGGCAACGAGGUCAUCCCCGGGGACGACGCCGAGCGCGUCCUCCCGGCGAUGCGGAACCUGGAGUCCGCGCUAUUGGCCGCGGGGCUCAGUGUGCCGGUCACGACGGCCGUGGCGACGGCCGUGCUUGGGUCCUCGUACCCGCCGUCGCAGGGCGCGUUCUCCGAGGCGGCGCUGCCAUCGGUCGGGUCGAUCGUGUCCUUCCUGGCGUCCAGGUCCACGCCGCUGCUCGUGAACAUGUACCCGUACUUCGCCUACUCCGCCGAUCCGUCGUCGGUGCGGCUCGACUACGCGCUCCUGUCGUCAUCGGGGGACACGCCGGCCGUGACGGACGGCGGGUUGGUGUACACGAACAUGUUCGACGCCAUCUUGGACGCGGUGCACGCGGCGGUGGAGAGAGCUGGCGCGCAGGGCCUGGAGCUGGUGGUGUCGGAGACCGGGUGGCCGUCGGGCGGCGGCGGCGCCGGCGCCAGCGUGGAGAACGCGGCGGCGUACAACAACAACCUGGUGCGGCACGUCGGGCGCGGCACCCCGCGGCGGCCCGGGAAGGCCGUGGAGACGUACAUCUUCGCCAUGUUCAACGAGAACCAGAAGCCGCAGGGCGUCGAGCAGCACUUCGGGCUGUUCGAGCCGGACAUGAGCGAGGUCUACCACGUCGACUUCUCGGCGGGAUCUUCUUCUUAGACGAGGCGAGCGAGGACACCGCGGGGACCAUGGACGCGAGUUAUCAUGAUAUAGUACUAGUAGCAACCACCAGCAGUUCGUUGAAUUGAAUAGUAGAAUCGGCAAUGGUUAGUGCACAUAUGAGUGCACUUGAAGCAUGCAUGAUGCAUCGCAUCACUACACCGCAUAUAGUUUGAGCUUUUGAACAAAUUUUAUGUCCCCUCGAUUCAUACCUACUUCGUGGUGCAGUCUUUCGCCUUUUGCAUUUCGAUAACACCACAUAAUCCUCA